UUCUUCACAUUUACGACUCUCCGUCUUGCUUGGUUGAAUGCAGCCAGUCGACUUUUUGAUAUGACCCAACCUGUGCAUAAUAAACUUCAAACUAUACGGUGCAAACCGUCACCGCAUCGGCCCACUGGGUUCCGUCCUAUUGCCCCAUUGGCUAGUCUUCCGUCCCCCGCUUCCGGCAAGGAUGAGACGGAGAAGAGAAAAUGGGAAGGCAUUGAUGGACCCUCGGAAUAUGGCCAGGCAUCGAAACUACUAUUUAGAAAAGGUUCUUCACCCUCUUCCGAUGGUGGUAAAUCCUAGUCUGUCCGACUUGACGGCCGACCAGAAGCAGCGAAGAAAAGAACAAAAUAGGGCAGCCCAACGCGCGUUUCGGGAACGAAAGGAACGUUACGUCAAGGAAUUGGAAGAUCAGAUUCGAGCCAUGAAAGCGUCGCAUGAAGAAACAGUAGCAAGAUUGCAACAAGAGAACAUUGAAUUACGAGCGCUUCUUAAGCGAGCCACAUCGGGCGAAAUGGACAGUGUCAAUGACGCUAGUUUGGCAAUGGAUUUGUCCCUGACGAAAUUGCAGGAUACCGACGUUGACAUGCCGACUCUGAAAGCGGAAUCCAACCGGUCCAGCCGGUCCAAUCCGCCUCCGGUGGCCUUGCCGACAGGUUUUUCUCAGCCGACCAUGGUGGAACCGCCCGUACGGCAAACGUCUUCGGCGGUUGCUUGUAUAAGAGAUAAAGAUGGUGUUUCCUUUUGUGAACGACUGAAAGAGGAAGUAUGCUCCUCUGCGUACAAUCAGCUGUUAUCGGAGCCCCUCUUUGAUGCUUCCGGUACAUUGAACAAUGAAUCGACCAGCCACCCCAUUCCUAUUCUCACCGAACUGCUGCCGGAUGACGAAAAAGCGAGAGAAACACAUCGAAUGAAUAUGAUGGAUCAGUUUGACAAGUUUGCAGCAUCGCUAAGCGGACGUUUGGAUCAACACCCACAGGUGGAUAAUUUUAACAGUGGCGGCGCGUUGCUUACCUGUCGCACUGUAUGGGAACGAAUCAAUGCCCAUCCAAAAUUUGAUCGGUUCGACGUGGAAGAACUGUGCCUGGAACUGAAGAAGAAGGCCAAAUGUUCCAGCACAGGACCCAUUUUCCUGGAGGAAGAGGUGAAAGAAGUGCUUGCUUUGAUGGACCGGAAAUCAUGAUCCGGAUUGCCUCUUUUCAGGGUUUACCUUAUUUUGUAUUAUUUCCGCUGGAUGACUGGCUGUUUUGGUGGUUACUGGUUGCUGGUUGUUGUUUUUGUUUCUUUCAUGCAUAUUGUCUUUUUUUACACUUUCGUCAUACAUCAUCAUCAUCAUCUCUUCAUUUCGUUACCAUUCUAUCCUCUCUUUUUCCUCCACGCCGUCUCCCCCGCGCCCCAAUUUUAU